AUGUCUGAUAGAUCUUCGUGCGAGUACAGCGAAAGGACGGGUAAAGCCACGGAGAAUACUAAAGUGUCUAUGAAGAGUUUACUGUUGUUACUUUCGAUCAACCUUGUCUACUUCGCACAAGUUGCCAAUGUCGUUGGAUCUGGUGCCUUGACCAGAGACAUCUCCGCCGCUGUUGGUGGCUCCAAUGACUCAGUCUGGUACAGUGAAGUCAUUGCAAUCUUGACAGCUCUUCUCGGCAUUCCAGCUUCUCAAGCCGCCGAUCUCUGGGGUCGCAAGAGAAUACUCAUUUUAUUAACGAGUUGCGGCUGUAUCGGCUCUCUCAUUAUCGCUAAAGCUUCAUCUUCUGGCACGGUCAUCGCUGGGUUCGCCAUCUCUGGCAUUUCGUUCGGUGCGCAACCGCUUCUUCACGCUAUUUCCUCCGAGGUCAUCGCGCGCAAGUAUCGUCCUUGGGCACAGGGAAGUAUCAAUGUCGCUGCUUCUCUGGGAGCAAUUGUCGGCCUUUUGAUCGGUGGUGUGUUGACUAGACACGAGCAUCAUGAUGGCUUCCGGGCCUACUGCGUAUCAGAGAAAAUGCGUAAUUUGGACUGGGCCGGGUACGGCUUCUUGACUCCUGCGCUUGUUCUCUUCUGCAUGUCUCUCGCUUGGAGCGGGAACCCAUAUUCAUGGACUGAUGCCCAUGUGCUGGCCACAUUCCUCAUUGGGGUACUUUCUGGAGUGGCACUAAUUGUCUAUGAGACAUUGAUCAAAAAGAACGGCAUGUUUCACCAUCGUCUCUUUCGCGAUCGAAACUUUGCACUCGCGUUGGGUUGCAUCUUUGCCGAGGGCAUGGCGUUUCACUGUGGCAACAACUAUUUCGCCUUUGAGGUCAGUGUCCUCUUCUCAACCGAUAGUCUUGUCAUCGGAGCCCAGUACAGCAUGGCCUUCAUAGCACUGGGUAUUUCUGCCAUCGUGAGCGGUAUAUGGUGUUCCAUGAGUAAGGCUUUGCGCUUCCCGAUUAUCCUGGCCUUUGGUUUCAAGAUCCUCUUCAUGGUCCUCAUGGCUACUGUGUCCAAGUCCACGCCGCAAGCCCUUCUCUGGAUAUACCCCAUAACCCUAGGUCUCGGAUUGGGUGUCUGCAUGCCAGCGCUAAUUACAGUAGCUCAUUUUGCAACACCUCGAGAGCUUAUCGCGAUUACAUCCGGUCUCAUGAUCUCUAUCAGAAGUUUGGGGGGAUCUAUUGGGUUAGCUGUGUUCAACGCCAUCUUUUCCCACGGACUCUCAUCUAACAUGGCACCCAAGAUAGCUCAUGCCGUCUUGCCACUUGGCUUUCCUGAAAGGGAGUUGCCUCAACUCAUACCCGCCCUUGCCCAUAAUGAUAUAGUGGCUCUCAAACAGAUCCGUGGUAUAUCUCCAGAAAUAAUCCACGCCGGUGUCGACGGUCUUCUGGAUGCUUACCGUGUAAGCUUUCGCGGUGUCUGGGUGACUACUGCGAGUCUAUGUCUCGUCGCUAGCAUUGCCGGUUUCUUUCUACGUGAUCCCACCGAGAAGUUUACUUCCCAGAUCGACGCGCCCAUUACACCAGAUACAGAGGUUGUAGAGAUUGAGAAGAGAACGAAGAGUCCAGGCGAUUCUGCUUGA